ACUACGAAUGGGCAAAUAAAAGAUGGAAUCCCCAUCUGUUAAUUUUCGGUCUUCUAUUAAUUCUGUCAUUGAUAACCUACCACAAGGCCACGAUAAGGCAUUUAAACAAGCAAUUUAUACAACAGCAGCUAACAUAUUUGUUAUUUUAGCGGGUGCUGCCGCUAUUGCAGUAUAUUUCAUCCUUGAACCGUUUCUUGGACCAUUAUUAUGGUCGGUGCUAUGUGGUACAUUUUUGUACCCUUUCAAGCGCUCUUUAACAAAUUCGUUGAAGAAAUGGUUGUCAGGUCUUCGUAAUUCUGGCACUCUUUUUGUUGUUGGGAUUGUAACUUUACCCUUCAGCUCAGCAAAUCGGGCGUACGAGUCCGUAUACUGUAAGAUUGUUAACCACCUGAAUGUGUUGGGAGGAGGACUGUUGGUUGUUUUCUCUUCCUACUUAUUAUGGCACUUUGGUCCAGUUUAUGCUAUUUUUGGUGCUCUACAGUCCAUGUUAUAUUUUGUUUACGAAGCACUGGGAUAUUUUACUUCCUUUUGGGUAUGGACUAUUGUAGUGGCAUACUUGCUGGCUGUAGGAUUUCUUUGGUCCCCAGAAUCUAAACGUUAUUUAAGGUACCUGUCUAUGCCAGUGUGGUUUGUUCUAAUUCUUCAUACAGCAACAGUUGCUGGAUCUUUGAGAGUUCCUCUAUUUAUUCUUCUGUUGAUAGUCAUCAUGGUAGGUUUUGUUGCAGAAGUUAGAGAAGUCAGGAAACCAAGACAAAUAGAGGGUAAACUUGUGACUCCAUCACCUGUAGAAACAGCUUGGAUUGUAAUUACUGGUGACUAUGACAGUUUAAAUACAGAGAAACAAUCAGAAGAAUUAGCUACCACUUCAGAACAAAAUGUAGCUGGUGGUGAUAGUCGAAAGACAGAAGAAAAAACAGAAACAGAAUUAAAGAAACCAAGUAGUCUACCAGUAAAAUUAAUUAGCACUGCCUCACCACAACAAAAGUAUGAAAAGAAGAUAACAUCUAAGCUGAAUGUUUUUUUGAAAAAAGAUUUAAAAGAAAUACCAGAACCUGUAGAAACCAAACCUCAGACAUCUGAAGUAACAACCAAACAAGUACCACCUUCCAAGGAACCAGACAAACGUAAACCUUCUGUUUCUGUGGAGACAAAAGGUUCUGGAAGUGACAACUACUUUCUGAUAUUAUUUUGGAUGUUAAUCUUGACUAGACUAUGGAUGAACAUGUGGAUAUUACAGUUACUUUUACCCAUUGGAUUCAUUAUGUGGCUGUUCAAAUUUUUAGGAUACCAAUUAAGUAGUGAAGGUAUCUUGGGAGAUAAGGUGAAACUAUUGAAAGGAAAAGCAGAGGAAUGGUUGAAGAAGAGAAAGGAUGCUCUGGCACCUAGAUGGAUUUGUGGACUUUUCCUUUUGAUUAAAAGGGGUGAUGCUAAGAUCAUAAGAAUUUUGGAACUAUCAUUGGAUAAAGCUACUAGUAUCCUGUUUAUACUGUUAUUGUUAGUAGGAACCAUUCUAGUUACUGUGUUCUGUGCAGCACAGGUUCAACAAGAAAGCAUGCACCUUGCACAAAUGACAAGUAAUUUAUUCAACAACACUCUUCAUCCUGAAAUUACAAGCUGGUUGCCAGAUGGAGAAGAAAUGCAAAAAGCUAUGGACUCAAUGGUAGGGAAUGCUUAUCUGUAUGGAAGGAACUGGAUAGCAUCUAAGGUCCGUGACCUUGUAGACGGUGAAAAAGCCACAAGUAAUAAUACACAGCUAGAAAACCAAGUGUUAGAAGUAUGGGACAAUUUGUAUGAAAACUGGCUGGCCAGGAAUGCUAGUAGUAACACACAGCAGAUGACCACUGAGUUUCAGGUUAUUCCAGCAGACUUCAUGAAUUUACAGUCCCUAUGGGAAUUUGUUACUAAUGGUGACCGUUUCAAUCUUGGACAAGUAAUUCCUUUUGUGAAGGAAAAUAUUGGCACAUUUAUGUCGGUAUUAGAAUCAAUAUGGUUAGUCCUGAAAGGUAACAUGAACCUGGUAUUUAACCUUUUAACCGCUACUUUGUCACUGGUGUUUGGAGGAGGAACUGCAAUACUCAAUUUUGUACUGUCUUCUGCUAUUUUCUUGACAACCCUUUUCUACCUGCUGGCAUCAAGUGGUGAUCAGUAUAAACCAGUAGAAUGGUUUUCUAGUAUCAGUGUAACACACCAAGGAAACAGUUUUGGACAAGCUGUACAAGAAGCAGUAGGUGGCGUGUUCAUGGCUUCAUUAAAAAUGGCAGUGUUCUAUGGUCUGUACACAUGGUUAACACAUUCAGUCUUUGGUGUGAAUAUUGUUUUCAUACCAUCAGCUCUUGCAGCAGUAUUUGCAGCGGUACCUUUUCUUGGAACAUAUUGGGCUGCAAUUCCAGCUGUCCUUGAACUGUGGCUCGUAAAAGGUCAAGGAGUAUUAUCUAUAUUGCUGUUUGUACUUCAUAUGUUACCAACAUAUGUAGUAGAUACUACAAUACUCAGUGAAAUUAAAGGUGGUCAUCCAUACAUAACUGGUCUUGCCAUUGCUGGUGGUAUAUUUUGGUUGGGACUGGAAGGUGCUAUUAUUGGUCCUAUACUUCUUUGUUGCCUUAUUGUAGCCAUUAAUGUAUACAGCAACAUGUUACAGCCUGACACCCCUACAGCUGGCUAUAACACACAAGAACCAAGAGUACACAGAGUAAGCCUUCCAUCGUUGUUUCAGAGGUCAGUUAGCAGUACAGAUGUGACCAGGCGAUGAUUCAGUGCAAUAGAAUAAUAUACUCAAGUUAGCCAUAUUGGAGAGUUACUAGGCUUCAUGAUCUCAGUUUUAGGUUUUUAGUUGGUUUAUGGCAUGAAAUGCUAUUUGUAUUGUCUUAUUAGUCAUCAUUAUGUGUGGAAUUGGCAUAUUUUUGCUUAAUUGUAUGAAAUGAUGCAACAAUGAAUAACCUAUGCAGUUUAUGAUGUGAUAAACUAUAUACCGGUAGUAAGAUUACUUGUAGUCAUUAUAAUGUAUAAUAAUGAUAAAUAGGAGACAACUGUGAUGAAAGGGCACGUUGAGUCUUGGGAUAUGUUCAACUUUCAAGAUUAUUACUACUGUGACAUGUUGAAAAUGUUUAUUUAUACAGAACCUUUAUCAGUAGAAGGCUUAUUUUUACACCAUUUGGUGUAACAAAACAUUGACUAAAGUCAAGUCAAGUAAUAAUAAGAGUUAAAAUAUUUUAUUUAGAUCAUGAAUGGAGAAGGUUUAUUUUGAAGGUGUUCAAUUUUGCAAUUUCGUUUUUGUCAGAUUGUUUAUGUACUGUUACAUUAUUAUCACAUGUUUAUCUGAUAAUAUAUGCAUUCAUGGAAGGUACCAUAUAAAAUAAUGUGGACUUUAAAUUUAAUGAUUUUCGCUCAGCUUUUGUAGUAUGUCAAAAUUUACAUCUUCUAAUAAACCUGCCAUGCAGUAUUGAUAAUAGGAAAAAUAUUUCGUCCAUAGUAUUAUAUGACAAAAACGUUUCACUAGGUAAUUGAUAUCUCAUGUGGACGGGUCUUGGUUUAUUUGAAAUUUUUUUACUUAUGUAUAAAUUUAAAUGUUAAGAAAGAUAUUUUUAAAUUGGAAAAAUAAAGUUGUCUCAACUAAAUUAAAGUUCCCAAGCUUAUUUGAUGGUGAAAUAGUUCAUAGAAUGCUUUAUACCUAGGUUUAAUAAUUUGUUUCAGAAAUAUUUUUACAGAAACUAAAACAAUUUCUUUUCAGUAAUAAAAAGAACAAUACAUAAACUUUCAAUACAAGUAUAUGACAUGUGAGAGGAUGUUGAUAAUAGGUUAUGUUAAAAAUGUGGUUUUGAUUACUAAAUAAAAACGUGUCAUCUCUUCUAUUGCUUCGUUGGUAAACAUUGUAAUUGUGUUAAAAAUUGUGAUUUGAUCAGAAAAUUAUUGGUACAUAUUUUAUACAUUUAUUCAUUUGGUGACAUUUUUUACUCUUGCUGUAAACUUGUUUAUUUUUGCUGUGUUAAAAUUUCACGAUUUGUUGUGCCAAAUCUGUUUGCAAGGUUUUAUUUUCACUAAUUUAUUGUCCCUUAUUUGGAUUUUUCUUGAAAGUCUAAUUAACAUGAGGGUUUAUUUUUGCAAUUUCACUUAGAAUAUGCCAAAAUUAACCCCAUGUGAAAAUUUUUAAAAAUUAGUCUGUUAGAUUACAAAUUAGAUCGGAUUAAAAUAGCAAUGGUAGGGUCAACUCCUUUUUUUUUCCUUCUUCAAUUCAAAGUGCAAAUUUGGCAGACUUUGGAAGUCUGUGCACCAAAGGGGACAAUGAAAUAUUAUAUUGUUCUUCAUUUUAAUAAGGAGAAAGCAUACAAAAAUCAAGAAAAUUCCCGCAGACAGAAUUUUUUGGAAUAAAUGAACAGGUAGUGCAAGUGGCUAGAUUACACUUGCUGAUGAAGAAGAAAAACUCAUACCACUUAUCUCAGUUUUUUGUUUCUGAUUGAUGUGUCUAAUAUUGGUAUUUGGCAUCCCCCUCUCCAUGUUUUAAAGAUUGUGGUAUGAAUACAAAUACUUAAACCAAUUAUCGGUUCAUAAAGGGCAUGUUACAUAUAAUGAUAAAAAAUAGACAUAAGUAAAGAAACAAUAAGGAUAAUGCUUAUAAUAAUAACUUAGGAUUUAACUAAAGCAGUUUCUUAUUGUAAAGAUUUGGUAUAAAAGAUUGUUAUUGUGAAGGAAAUAUUAUUUUUUAAAUUUACUAAUUAUUGUAUUUUAAGUUACUCGUUGUUACCAGUAGACUAAAAGUGCUUUCUUUAUUAUGUGCAAUUCAUAAAUGUUGUCAGUCAUUGCGUUGUAAGUGUUUUAAUUUUUUUUAAACUGUUUUUGCAGUUCCUCUUACUGUAUUUAAGCUUUGUCAACUGUUAAUUGUGUCUUAAAGCUUUGUUAGGAAAUAGAAUUUGUCAAAUAAAGAUUGGAAAGACACAGAAUAUAAAGAAGUUCGAACACACAUUGGGGAUACAAUGGUCACAAGUGUAGUUUUACUUACAAUACAGAGCUGAACCAAUAAAACAAAAAGAUUUGCUAUCAUCAAAUUUUAAACUGACAGUGAUGUCCUAUCAUAACAUGCAACAUAUUAUUAUUAAAUAUCUUGGAAACAUAGUCUUGAGAUUUCACAACAAUGUGUGUAUGACUCUGACUGUCUAUCAUAAAAUUGAUGGCAGAUGCCAUCCAAUCGGAGAGGGCAUUACAUAUGAUAUUGUUUUUUUAAUUAAUAAUUGAUAUUGAGGCAAAGAAUUUAAUAAUUUUUUAUUGAGCUGCCUUCUCCAAUUCACAAUGGAUGACCUAAACAUACCUGUUUAUAUAUGUGAGUUUGUUGUAGUAUUAAACAAAGAAGUUUUUAUAAGCAAAUUCCAACGAUUACGUUAUUUAAAUGUUUAGGGUAGAUAGACAUUGGUUAACAUCUAAUUGUACAUGUUAAAGGUUGGCAACUGGCAUUUAUUUCUUAUUUCAUUAGUUGUUAAUGUUUUAAAAAAUGUCAAAAUAAGAAAUCAUUGUUGCCUUAAUAAAACAUUUACUUUAAACUUCUAACUGUGUUAUAGAAAUUUAGACUGAAAAUCAGAUAGACUUCGAAUCAAAGAAUUUUUCUGAUUUGGCCAAGAGAUUUUACAUUUGCAAAAAUAUCUUAAUUCAGGGGAGAUAAUGUUUGCAAUUUCUCAAUUCAGGGGAGAUAAUUAAAAAAAGUUAUUACUACAAAUUUAAAGAUUUUACAUUAAUUUAAAAAAUGGAAAGAAAACAAAAACAGGUACUUUAUUUUACCUGAAAGUAAUUGAUUUGAAUGAUGGGGUUACUGAAAAUGAUCAAUUUCUUUCGAUAAGUUAUUCACCCAAAAAUUUUACCUAACAUAAUCUCAAUGAAAUAAUUAAAUUAACCAAAAUUUCUCAAAACAAGGUAAAGUGUCUAUAAUUGAAUUUUUAGUAUAUUUACUUUUAUCUUUCAUUAAAAUGUAAGAAAAAAAUCAAUCCUGGAAAAUGAAGGAGCUAUCGACUUCAACUUUUAAUAUGUAAUUAAAAUGUAAGAAAAAAAUCUAUCCUGGAAAUUAAAGGAGCUAUCGACUUCGACUUUAAAUAUGUUUUUCAUAUUACAUAAAAUGUUUUACUAUUACUAUGCUUGGAUUGGUAUGAUUAUUUUAAGCAUCAUAUAUAUUACUUGUUAUUUAUAUUUUAUUUGCCUUUUAUUUAUUUUUACAAUUUUAAUAAAGACUCAAUAAAAGA